AGUUGUGCCCUAGGUUUACUCAGCCGCUCACCCACCCACCCUGUCUUCGCAAUUAGCUGCUCAGCAAAACAGCAGCUCCACUGCGAAAGUUCUCUCGCUCUCUCUUCCCAGUAAAGGAGCCUCUCGCCCAGUACUAUUCGCGGCCUUGCAACCUCAACAGUUAUCAAACAGGCCCUUAGGGUUUCCUACUUUUGUUGUUGCAAUCAGAGAGAGAGAAUUUUAGGGUUUUUGGAUUCACAAAAAUUCACCGCUUUGAGGCGCUCAUAACCCUCGGCUUCUGGGGGCAGUCAGAGAUCUUCAUUUCGAUCAGCAGUCAUGGUGAAGUAUUCCAGGGAGCCGGACAAUCCAACUAAAUCUUGCAAGGCCAGAGGAUCUGACCUGAGGGUUCACUUCAAGAACACCAGGGAAACCGCAUUUGCUAUCAGGAAGCUCCCUUUGGCCAAGGCUAAGAGGUAUCUGGAGGACGUUCUUGCCCACAAGCAGGCCAUCCCUUUCCGGCGCUUUUGUGGCGGUGUUGGGCGCACUGCUCAAGCAAAGAACCGCCAUCCAAAUGGACAAGGGCGGUGGCCUGUCAAGUCUGCCAAGUUCAUCUUGAACUUGCUCAAGAGUGCUGAGAGCAAUGCUGAUGUGAAGGGCUUGGAUGUGGAUACACUAUUCAUUUCGCAUAUCCAGGUGAAUCAGGCCCAGAAGCAGAGGCGACGAACUUACCGUGCCCAUGGAAGAAUCAACCCUUACAUGUCCUCCCCUUGUCAUAUUGAGUUGAUAUUGUCUGAAAAGGAGGUACCUGUCAAGAAAGAGGCUGAAACCCAAGUGGUGCCCAAGAGGACGAAGAAAUCUCAUGCUCUUCGUAGUGGGGCUUCAUCUUAAGGCUUUGCGGAGUAAGAGAGAUUGGUAUCGCGUCAACUUGAAGAUUUACUCGGUGAGAUUGACAUCGUUUUUCCUUCUAUUUGAAUGCUCAUGUUUUUGCAACAUUUCGUCAAGAAUUUUGUGGUUGUAUAAGGACCAAGAAUCAGUCACCCAAUGUGGAGAGAGAUCUUUUCUUGCUUGAGUUGGCUAGUUUGAGCCGUAGAUCAUAUUUGGUUCAUUGUUUUCGCUUGAGUGUCUUCCUUUCUGGACACCCAUGUCCUUACAUUGCAGGCAUUAGUUACCACGAAAGUGUUUUAGAACU